GUCCGCCCCUCCUCGCCCCGCGGCUCCGCGCUAGCCAGCGGGGCUCGCCAGCAUCCUCGACAGCCCUCGACGUGACAGUUGUGCGGAGAGGGCAUGGCCUUGGCCCUUGACCGGCGGGCGGACCCCCUGAACCUGGGUGGCGGCUGGGCCUCGCCGUCGGCUCUCCCUCCCUGGUCCCCGUGCCACCGACGGAGGAGGAGCACCGCGAUGUCGCGGCGGCGCCACUGUUCGGGCCCCAAGCUGGAGUACGAGGAGCUGCGGAAGCAGGCCAAGCACCAGCACGACCCGGGCCCGCCGUGGCCCCAUGCGCAGCGGCGCCCCGAGCGCCCGGCCAGCCCCAGCUGCUGGGGCCCCGGGGCCUGCUGGACCCCCGGCCCGUGGCGCUGCCCUCCCGUGGAAGUGUGGAAGCCGCCGGGCCGCGUGCAGGUGGUGCGGGUGUACGGGCUGCGGCCUCCCUGUCCGUGCUGCUGCUCCUGCUGGAGCGCCCCCGACAAGCCCGCUCCUGGGCGGCUCUACCGCAAGAAGAAGAAGAAGCGCUGGGGCAGGAAGGGCCGCGGCGUGCGGCGCGGCCCCCGGCGGGCCCCGCAGAGCAGCCCGCCCGUGGACCUGAGCGCCCUGCUGCGCCCGGUCAACCUGUACGGCCGCCGGGCGCCCGGCAUGCGCGCCCCGCGCAACACCACGCAGUUCAUCAUGAACCAGGUCUACGAGGACAUGCGCAAGCAAGAGAAGCAGGAGCGGCAGCAGGAGGCCCUGCGGGCCCGGCAGGCGGCGGCCGCGGCGGCGGCGGCGGCGGCGGCGGCCCAAGGGCAGGCCCCCGAGGCCGCGGGGGAGGACCGCGCGUCCCCCCCGGACAGCGCCGGGGCGCACCGGCCCGGGCGCAGAGCCGAGCAGGAGGACCAGCAAAUGCAGCUGCUGCAGGAAACCUUCUACAGCUUCGUCCAGAAGCAGCUCUACUGCCUCGUGCCCAGUCCCGAGCGUGAGGAAGAGGAAGAAGAGGAGCGGUAUGGAGAGGAAGAGGAAGAAUCGGAGGAGGGGGACGAGGACGAAGAGUUCAAAGAUGAGAAUGAGGAAGAAGAGCUGAAAGAGUAUGGCAAUGAGGAGGAGGUUGAGGAGGAGGAGGAAGAGGAGGAGGAGGAGGAAGAAGAGGAGGAGGAGGAAGAGCAGGAAGAGGAGGAGAUGGAGGAAGAAGAGGACUACCAGGAGGAAGAGCAGCAGGAAGACGAAGACCAACAAUCUCUAGAGAGCCCUCUCACCAGCCCAUUAACACCUGAAGAAGAGCCAGAAAUCAUUUUGAACUGUGAUUUUUUAACCCGGGAGCGUAGAAUUCUCCAGAAGCUUCAAGAAGGAUGCCCUAUGAUUGUGCAGAAAGUUCUGUGUUAGACUGAGGAGAGGGAUGGAUGAAUAGGAUGGAACUGAUUCUUUGGCUAAAAUGAAAUUAGCAGCUAAAAAAAAUCUAAUAUAAAAGUGAGUUCCAUGAAUAAAUAUUAUCUAUGCACACCCCUCCUUUGUAAAAUUGUA